CAAGAAUAACUUUACAACUGUUACAGUAAUUACAUCCAUAGUUUCCAUCGAAAUAUUUUCCGUGUGUUCGUAUCAUUUGUGCACGUGUCAUAACGAUACUCGCGUGUGAUACUACAUUUUACAAGCGCUCAACUGACACAGUCAUUUUGUUUUUAUUCGAUUUCAAUGUGCAAUGUAACACAUUUAUUUGUGUUUCAUUGCACACACGCGUAGAUAUAUAUUGCAAAUAAUAUUUUAUUUUGUUAUUUUAAACCAACAGGAUUUGAUCGACGAUAGCAUCCAGGAUGACGAGGCAGGGGAUGAUCAGGAAAUGGUUGAGGAUAUCUUCGGUAUUGACAUGGUCAUGGAAGACGACACCGAUUCCGAACAUGGUGAGGAGGAGGAGGAGGAGGAAAUCGACGACGACGACCCUAUCCAAACAUUUGACAGGUCAGAGGAACAUAAUCUGUCAAGAGAUAAAAAGUUCAUCGUCAGUGAGAGUAAGCUGCUACAACUGAUACAAAACCAACGAUGUCAUUGUGGUGAAUCCAUUAAUCCUGGUUCUGUAAGAAAGGGGAGAAAUGUUGCUGCAGCUGUUCACUACGAGUAUUCUUGCAUGGUUGGACAUCCACACAGAUGGGUCUCUACAGAAUUUUAUGGAGGCAAGAGUGCAAUCCAGAUCAUGUUACAGAUGGCUGUACUACUUUCAGGGCUGACAUGGUUCCCAUUUGCUCAGGCAUUUCAAUUUGCAAAUAUUGCAAUUGGCUCAGCAUCAAACUUUUUUCGAUACCAGAGAAUAUACAGAAACUGUAUUUCAAACUGUUAUCGUACAAAAAUGAGAGGAAUGCUUGACAAGUAUAGGGACAGGAGCGUAUGUGUUGCUAUUGACGUCAGAUAUGAUACGCCAGGUUUUUCUGCCAAUAAAGCAACUGCCAUAUUCAUGGAGUACAUAAGCGGGGAUAUAAUCCAUAUGGAAAUAGGGGAUUCAAGGGAAGUUGGCAGAAAUUCCAACAAACUGGAAUCUUUCAUAAUUUCCAGAGGAAUGGCCUAUCUCCAGACGAAUGGUUUGAAUGUGGUAGAGGUGGUGACCGAUGCUAGUAGAGCGAUUAUAUCUUUAUUUGAACAAUCCAAAUAUGGGAACAUCAGCCAUAGCCUCGAUGUUUGGCAUAAAGCUAAGAAAAUAUUACAGGUAUUGGGAGAGGCUGGCAGGAAAGUGAGCGGACGAGAUGUUCUUCCAUGGAUUAAGUCAAUUGUCAACCAUUUCUGGUGGUGCUCUGCGAACUGUAGGGGGAAUAAAGAAAGACUGAGAACUAUGUGGUUAUUCAUACUGAGACAUAUUACCAAUGUGCAUAGGUCAAUAAUGUAUGAAUGCCCACAUGGUCCUCUUUCUGUUCCAGAGGGCAAGAAAUGGUUGACAAUUGACUCGAAUGCCUAUAAAAUUGUUAAAUCAUUUGUAACCAACCGAAUAUGGCUCGGCAGCUUGAAGUACUAUGCAACUAAUAGGCACACAGGGAGAGUGGAGAAUUUCAAUUCGCAUACACUUCUCAGGUAUUGCCCUAAGCGGUUGAAAUUCUCCUACGAUAGCUACAUGUGUAGAAACCAGUUGGCUGUUCUUGAUCACAAUGAACACCAGAGCCGUGCACCUGCCAACCGCCAGGAUGGACAACCAUCUAUCCAAGGGCAAGUUUCCAGGCGCACAAAGCAGUGGGUUGCUUUUCAACGACUAACGCCUAAAGAAUUUCUUUACAUCGAAGAUCUGCUGGUGGAGUGCAUGAGGGCAACAUAUGGAGUCACCAAUGCAUCACUCUCAAAAACUGCCCAAGAGUUAGAUGUGUUGGCCCCCAACUUAUCAAACGCUGCCAAUCCAGGAUCACAGGAAAUAUUUCACACAAGACAACAAAGAUGUGAAGGAGCUAGUCUGGUGUCCAAUGCUGCAUUUGGUGAUGGUUGAUGUUCAACAGAUGAUGGCUGUGGCAGAUUCGGGCUCCGAUUGCGGGAGCUAGUGGCAGCAUAUGGAUGGUUUUGAAUCCUCGCUCUUGAUACUGUCUAUAAGUAUACAUAACUAUAUGUAUAUAAAAUUGUUUAAAACAUU